UGCGUCAACUAUUUGAAAAGCGCUCAUUAAUCAUGAGCAUUUCUCGGUAUCAACAAGGCAAGACUGCUCAUUCGCGAUAGGGUUUUCAAGCCAAGCUCCACGAAUGAGCUAAGCUACAGGCGGUGUGUAAACUGCAGAAUAGAAACACGCUUCUAAAAAAUGCACUAAAAAAUAAAAUAAAAAAUUUUAUCGCGCUACCAUCAGAAAGGUCGACGGCCACGAGCUCUGUUUAUUGGCCCAUAAAACUGCCAAUUUAAAGAAAGAAAAGAAAUCUGGCUUUGGGUUUUUUUUUUCCUUUCUUUUUUUUGCACUAUUAGUGACAAGCAGGGAUGGAACGGCCACAAGGAGCAGCUGCUGGAGACAGCCACGAAAAAUUCCCGUCUGAGUGUGUUUGCGACGACGAAGGCAUGUCGGUGGUGCUUCGAAGCGGGCGCCGAUAGAAUGACAGCGUUGGCAUUCGCACUGCGUCACCUGCGGCGGAGCAACUUUGAAAAGACCGCCCUCUUCUCGAAAGCCGGGAACAUUUGGGCCAACAGCCUGCGCACUCUGGGUCUCAUCGAUAGCCUUGGUAUGCGGAUGAUGUGUGUGGGUCAAACUGAAGUCAUUCCGAUUGAGCUACAAAUUAAGCUAGCUGAAUUGGAAGCGGCUACCUCGCACGGUCAAAGGUCACACACUUGCCUGGUCUGCACUGGUUACAGCAGUAAAACCCAGAUGGCUCGUGCUGCCUUGUAUCUGGCUAAAGCCGUGAAAGCAGCCACUAUUACGACCGAGGACGUCACAGUGGAACUGCUGGACGCUUACAUUGCUCACACGGAAUGCUCGGAUGUGGACAUGCUGAUGCGAUGUGCAGACCCUAAGUUCAGUGAUUUUAUGUUAAUGCAAUGUAGUUACGCCUACCUGCACAUGACACCAAAGCUGUGGCCGGACGUCGACUUUUGGGAGUGGAUCUGCGCAUUUCUCAUGUACCAACUACACUGGCGUAAUAUCUCUACAGCAAAAGAAAAGCAUCGUGCUCUAGAGCCUUCUCGGCGUGGCUCGCCAGAUCCUGGACGUGCGUUACGUCAACAAACCUUCAUAGAAAGCGUUAGAGCCGCCGGCACUAAGACCUUCGCCCACGGUGGGGCAAACCUGAAGAAAUAGAUGCAAAUAAAGCAGC